AUGCCUGAAGAUUCAAUUCAAGAUGACAAGCCCACGGGUUUGGAUCUCACCGCCGGUGAGGUGGUCCACAUCGAGAACGAAGAGAAGCUAGGCGUCGACACCGAGCACGGCGCAUAUCCUCCUGGCAAUCAGUACGAACAUGUUCUCGAGGCCCACAAGGUCAACUAUCUGGGAAAAGGAUAUCUGAAGCUGUACCUCGCGUGUCUGCUGGUAUACUUAAACUCGACGAUGAAAGGAUACGAUGCCAGUAUGAUGGCGUCCGUCAAUGUCCUUCCCAGUUAUCUCGCAUACUUCAAUCUCAAGGAUGCACCUGCAAGUUCGUCUAUCGUAUUUGCAAUAUUCCAGGUCGGCCAAAUAGCAUCUUGCUUCUUCUACUGGACGAUGGACGUGUUCGGACGAAAAUUGGUCCUGUUUGUCAGCUGCAUCGGCGUCAUAGCUUGUAUCAUUAUUCAAGGUACCGCUGUGAAACUUUCGGUGUUCAUUGGCGGUCGAUUUCUCGGCUCCGUCUUUUCGACUACUGCUUCAUUGACCUCAGUCGUCUACCUUGUGGAAAUUGCACCUCCAUUGUAUCGUGGCGCAGUGGCUGGCACAUUCAACACAUUGUACUACAUGGGUGCCCUCAUCGCUUCCUUCGCCGCGUAUGGAGCGACCAUCCACUAUGACUCCAGCUCGAAUAUCACAUGGAAGCUUCCAACAUAUCUUCAAAUUUUGUGCCCCGCGAUCAUGGCAAUGUUUGUCUAUUUCAUCCCUGAAUCGCCUCGGUGGCUGGCUAUGCGUAAUCGAGAGGAGGAGGCCAGGGCGAUCAUUGUCAAAUAUCACGCUAACGGUGAUCCUGAUCAUCCUGCAGUUGAACUUGAAAUGGAAGAGAUCAAACAUUCUCUUAUGCUCACUCGCGAAGAGGAAGGCACUCGGCCCUGGGAAAUCGCUCUCGACUUCCGGAAGUUAUUCGUAACACGCGCCCGCCGAUAUAGGACAAUUCUCGCAGGCAGCAUGGGCUGGGUUGGUGAAUUCUGUGGUUCCAACAUCGCAAGUUAUUACCUGCCUGAGAUGGCCAAGGCUGUGGGAAUCACCGACACGAACACUCUGUUGCUCUUAACCGCGAUGUAUUUCGUCGUCGCAUGGAUUGCAGCCAUAAUCGGAGCCAACCUCCACGACCGCUUCGGUAGGCGCAAAAUCAUGACGACUGCUAUGGGCUGCUUGACGGCCGUCUUCGCCGUCAUGGCAGUGACCACUGCAGAAUUCCAGAGGACAGGAAACAAGGCAGCCUCCUACACCAUGCUGACCUUUAUCUUCUUGUUCGGAAUCACGUUCUCAUUCGCAUUCACCCCAAUGCAGCAGGUGUAUCCCGCAGAAGUCAUGGACAAUCAGAUGCGUGCCAGAGGUAUAGCCUUCUUCGGAGUGAACUCGGGGAUUGCGGCUUUCACCAGUGUGAUGAUUGCACAAAUCGCUUUGGACUCCAUUUCCUACAAUUUCUACACAUUCUAUUGUGUCUGGGACUUUGUGUUGUUGUUGGUCAUUUUCUUCUUCUUUGUGGAAACUAAGGAGCGGACUUUAGAAGAGUUGGAUUGGAUCUUUGAAGCAAAGAACCCCCGCAAAGCGUCCACAGCGAAAAUGUGA